AUGGGUGUUUGUGAACGCUGUGAAUGCCACAGCCAUGCAAGCCAAUGUGAUAAAGAAUAUGGAGCUUGUAUUGGGUGUCAACACAAUACCGAAGGAGACCGUUGUGAACGAUGCAGGCCAGGUUUCACUGGAGAUGCCCGUCGAGGUACUCCACAUGAUUGCUUGCCUGUAGAACAACCUGCACGACCUCCUUGUCAGUGCAACAAUCACUCACCCAGGGGUUGUGAUUCUUAUGGUCGUUGUAUUCAAUGUGAACACAAUACAGAAAGCUUCCAUUGUGAAGUCUGCAAGAAAGGUUAUUACGGUGUAGCAACACGUGGAACGCCCUUUGAUUGCACUCCUUGCCCGUGCCCAGGAGAUAGAGAAUGUUUCUUAGAUGAACGUGGAGAAGUACAGUGCAAAAAUUGCCCGCCCGGUUAUGGGGGAGCUCGUUGCGAUGAAUGUGCCCCAGGCUAUACACGCAGUCAAACUGGAGGCGGACGUGAAUGCGAACCCAUUGGACGUCACCGACCCUCACAAGUUGAUUUUGUGCCCGCUCCAGAAGGUCAGAAAUUUUUGCAGUCUACUACAUCCUUCCGUGGAGGAAUGAACCGUAGAGAUUUUAAUAGAGUUGGAGGAGGUGGUGGAGGGAGAGGAGGUGGUGGGGGAGGUGGGGGUGGUGGUGGUAAUCGUCCCCAUGGACGUCGUUAUAGAGUUUUUAGCCGUGUACAUGGAGGGCAACGGCCUCCUGUACGUCGUCGACGCUUAUAUUACUAA